AUGGCGACAACAGAGGAAAAGCUCGACGCGCUCGGUGCGCAGAUGAAGUCCAUGCUCCUGUUCAUGGAGACCUUAAAUUGUUGGCGUCCUAAGGUCGACCACUUCUCCACCGAGUUAACCAAGGAGAUCAAGGCUCUCACGUCGCGCGUGGAGGCGUUGGAAGCGAACAAUGCUCCGCCAUUGGCCCCGAAGCGCGAGGAAGAGGGGCGGGCCAUGGGCCACGGCGCUACAACACCACCACAGAGGAAUGAUGGGGGGACUCUGAUCCUCACUCAUCCCCUGGCCAAUGGCGCCCCACCAGCUGAAGAUACAAAGCCAAAGUGGGAAAACAAGCUUGCAACAUUGCGAGCUCAGCGGAGCGCUCAAGGCUUAUGCAUGAAGUGUGGCGAGAAAUGGGGCCGCAACCAUAAGUGCCCUGAUAAAGUGGCUCUGCACAUCUUGGAAGAAUUCAUGGAGCUGAUUUCAGAUGAAAGCCCUCCUGACCAAAAUACUUCAGAUUCUAGUGAUGAAGAUGAAGCUGUGUUUGCUCUGUCUCAGUCAGCAGCAAUCGGAGUUCCAGGCAAGAAAACUAUCAAGCUCCAUGGCAUCGUCAAGGAUCAAGAACUGCUCAUCCUCAUUGAUUCGGGCAGCACCUGCACAUUCAUUAGCGACAAAACGGCUACCGCACUUAACUGUGUCCUAAUGCCUGCUCCUCCCAUUCAAGUAACAGUGGCGAAUGGCGAUAAACUUCAGAGCACCCAUUAG